UGCUUUUUGAUUAUUGUGUGCGUGUGUGUGUGUGUGUGUUUAAUGUGUAUAAUUCUGCAGACUCAGCUGUACCAGUGCAUCUUGCUGAGUAUUAUAAGUAUUCUUCGAUUAGCAUAUAGAUUCGAUCCACGCAAAAAUGACGUGCAACAAGAACAACAAGAGUAGUGAAUUUAGGUGAAAAUAAUAGACAUACGAUUCGAUUCUAGAUCUGAUAUACGACAAUAAAGUUACCAUAAAAAUGAAGAAAAUUAAAGAGUUAACAAUAACUACGCCAUGGGGUCACGUAGCAGCGAAAACGCAUGGACAAUCAUCUAGCUAUCCUGUACUUUGUAUUCAUGGUAUUUUGGAUAAUGCUGGAGCUUUUGAUAGACUAAUAGCCAAAUUGCCAGAUGAUUAUUACUACAUUGCUGUUGAUCUCCCGGGUCAUGGACUUUCUUCACAUUUUUCUUCCGGAUUACUAUUGGAUUUUUUUAAUUAUGUUUUAACAAUUAGAUACAUCGUAGAAUAUUUUAAAUGGGAACAUUUUUAUUAUGUAGGACACAGUUUUGGUGGUCAGCUUGGAGCAUUUUACAGUAUUUUAUAUCCUUCGCAAAUAAAAAAAAUGGUUUUAAUAGAAGGUCUGAAUACUCCAAUAGUACCAAUUACAAAACUUAUUCCUCGAUUAAGAACAAUAAAUGCUAAAGUAAUUGAAAGUACAAUCGAUAAGCCAGAAAAACUAUUUACUAAACAAGAGAUUAUGCAUAGUCUCAUGUACAAAAGGAGUUCAAAUUUAAACAAAAGCGCCGCUGAAGCUCUUUUUCCCCGAGCUGUAACACAAAUUGGCUCCAAAUUUAAAUAUAAUCGUGAUUUACGCUUAAAGUCAUACGUUAUACCAAUGUUUGACUUGAACCAAAUUUUAAAAUUACUUCAGAAUUUGAAUACCGAUACAUUAUUGAUAAUGUCUUUUGCAACAAUUGAUCGAUUUCGAUACAAUAGUACAUUAAAAGAUGCUUUGAAACAUUUGAGUAACAUAAAAAUUGAGUUUGUAUGUGGUAAUCAUGAUGUACACAAUAAUCAACCUGAAAACCUAGUGGAUAAAAUUGUAACAUUUUUUUGUCUUACUAGCAAAUUAUAAAGAUAGCAAUUUAACUGUUAGCUGUGUUAUUAAUAAAAAGAAACUGUUACAAAUUGGUAAAUUUCAUUCGAUCUUUCGAAUUAAGGCUAUGUGUUUAUGUUCAUGUAUUUAUUAUGUAAUUAUUAUUCGCAUGAAGCGAACGGUGGAUUACAUUUGGUUUUAAGAGUACACAUGUUUUUGGAAAUUCGAUAAAAUAAACCAGAGUUUUUGAAAUAA